AUGGGCAAGAAAGGGAAGGUCGGGAAAAGCCGGCGGGACAAGUUCUACCACUUGGCAAAGGAAACUGGUUACCGCUCCCGUUCGGCUUUUAAGCUGAUCCAGCUCAAUCGCCGCUUCCAGUUCCUGCAGAAAGCCCGAGCCUUACUGGACCUGUGUGCCGCGCCAGGGGGAUGGCUGCAAGUGGCUGCCAAGUUUAUGCCUGUGUCCAGUCUUAUAGUGGGCGUGGACCUGGUUCCAAUCAAGCCUCUCCCGAAUGUGGUGACUCUCCAGGAAGACAUCACCACAGAUCGCUGUCGACAGGCCCUGAGGAAGGAGCUGAAGACUUGGAAGGUUGAUGUUGUGCUCAAUGAUGGGGCACCCAAUGUUGGGGCUAGCUGGGUCCAUGAUGCUUACUCACAAGCCCAUCUGACACUGAUGGCUCUGCGGUUGGCUUGUGAUUUUCUGGCUCGUGGCGGCUCCUUCAUCACAAAGGUUUUCCGCUCCCGCGACUAUCAGCCCCUGCUCUGGAUCUUCCAGCAGCUGUUCCGCCGUGUCCAGGCCACCAAGCCACAAGCCUCUCGCCAUGAAUCUGCGGAGAUCUUUGUAGUCUGCCAGGGAUUCCUGGCUCCUGACAAGGUGGACAGUAAAUUCUUUGACCCCAAAUUUGCCUUCAAGGAGGUAGAAGUUCAGGCCAAGAGUGUUACUGAGUUGGUGACUAAAAAAAAGCCAAAGGCUGAAGGGUAUGCUGAGGGUGACCUCACCCUCUAUCAUCGUGCCUCAGUCACCGACUUUCUCCGAGCUGCCAACCCAGUUGACUUCCUUUCCAAGGCCAGCGAAAUCUCACUGGAUGAUGAAGAGUUGACACAGCAUCCGGCUACCACUGAGGACAUCCAGGCAUGCUGUCAGGAUAUCAAAGUGUUGGGGCGCAAAGAGCUCAGGUCCCUGCUGAACUGGAGAACGAAGCUUCGGCGAUAUGUGGCCAAGAAGCUGAAAGAGCAGGCAAAGGCACUGGACAUCAGCCUCAGCUCUGGAGAGGAAGAGGAAGAAGGUGAUGAGGAAGAGUCAUUAGCUGGGACCAGAAGGCAACCCUCUAAGGAGGAGGAAGAGGAGGAACAACUGAACCAGACCCUGGCAGAGAUGAAGGCCCAGGAGGUGGCAGAGCUGAAGAGAAAGAAAAAGAAGCUGCUUCGAGAGCAGAGAAAGCAGCGGGAGCGUGUGGAGCUGAAGAUGGAUCUGCCUGGGGUUUCCAUCGCAGAUGAGGGUGAAACGGGCAUGUUCUCCCUGCGCACCAUCCGUGGUCACCAGUUGUUAGCGGAAGUAGCACAAGGGGACAUGAGCGCUGCAGACACGUUUCUGUCCGAUCUGCCAAGAGAUGACAUCUAUGUCUCAGAUGCUGAGGACGAUGAUGAUGAUGCUUCUCUGGACAGUGACCUGGAUCUGGAGGAGCUAGCAGGAGGAGGGGGACAUCAGGGUCCAAGGGACCAAAAGCGUGUGCAGUUUGCUGAAGUAGAAGAUGAGAAAGAGGAGGAGGGAGAAGAGAACCCAUUGCUGGUACCUCUAGAGGAAAAAGCAGUGCUACAGGAAGAACAGGCCAGCCUGUGGUUCUCAAAGGUGGGCUUUGAUGGGAUUGAGGAUGAUGCUGAUGAGGCCCUGGAGAUCGGUCAGGCCCAGCUGGUUUAUGAGAGUCGUCGCAAGGGGCAAGAGCAGCAGCGGCCACCUUCAAGUUUGAAGACUGGGAGAAAGUCUCCCCGGGGCCAAAAUGAGGCUCCUAAGGAGACUGGAGCUCCUUCGGUGGCAGAGGCUGCCACUGUCGCUAAAGGAGAAGAAAGUGACAGUUCAGACAGCGAUAGCAGUAGCAGUGAGGAUGCAGAGAGGGAACGCCCCCAAGGUAAGAAGCGGAACCGGGGGCCUAAAUCAGAUGACGAUGGGUUUGAAGUUGUACCUAUUGAGGACCCAGUCAAACAUCAGAUACUGGACCCCGAAGGCCUUGCUUUAGGUGCUGUUAUUGUCUCUUCCAAAAAGGCCAAGAGAGACCUCAUAGACAACUCCUUCAGCAGGUAUACGUUCAAUGAGGAUGAGGAUGAGCUUCCUGAGUGGUUUGUGCAGGAAGAAAAGCAGCACAGGAUAAGACAGUUACCCAUUGACAAGAAGGAAGUAGAACAUUACCGGAAACGCUGGCGGGAAAUUAAUGCCCGUCCCAUCAAGAAAGUGGCUGAGGCUAAGGCCAGAAAGAAACGGAGGAUGCUGAAGAAACUGGAGCAGACCAAGAAGAAGGCAGAAGCUGUGGUGAACACAGUGGAUAUCUCAGAACGGGAGAAGAUGGCACAGCUGCGAAGUCUCUACAAGAAGGCUGGGCUUGGCAAGGAAAAGCAUCAAGUCACCUAUGUUGUAGCCAAAAGAGGUGUGGGUCGCAAAGUGCGCCGGCCAGCUGGAGUCAGAGGCCAUUUCAAGGUGGUGGACUCAAGGAUGAAGAAGGACCAAAGAGCCCUCCAACGUAAGGAGCAGAAGAAAAAGCACAAGCGGAAGUAA